AUGACGAGCGCUGCCCCGGCCAGGAAGCCGUACCGCAAGGCUCCGCCUCAGCACCGCGAGACGCGCAACAGCUUGCCCUCGUUCCUAGAGGACCUUAGUGGGAGCACGCCACCUGCGCCUGCCCACACCGCUGGCCCCAACCCUCCUGACUCCUGCCAGGUAAUUCGCAUUCCAAACCAUACUCCAGGUUUUCAGCAAACAACGUUCACAGACCCCUCCCCGAAAUGCCAAGUUAGUCCUGAGAGCUGCAAUAUAUUUUCCUCCUCCUGGUUCUCUGUUCUCGGACAGUGAGCUGGACGUCUCCAGCCUGUCCAGCCUGGAUCUUACCGUCCUGCCUCCACCCCGCAUCUUCAGCCAUGGAGGCAUCACAGUGGGCGUUACAGCCAACCAGGCUGCCAGGGACUUGCAGGGGAUGAGACGCUUCUUGAGCCGCAGUGAGGGCCUACUCGCUCUCUCUGAAGACGAAGACCUCCGCUCAGAUGACUCCCAGCGAGGUGGCUACUCUACCUCUCCAGCCCAGUCCAGUCGCAGCCUGGACCGCUCGCUGGUCUUCAAGAACAAUGCAGAGAUCCUGGUGCCCAGAGGAGGUCAGCACCACCAGCAGACUUCCUUCCAGAGACUGGCCCUCCCUCCUAAGGGGAUCCUAAAGCAGCCCAACCAGCUGGGCGUCCACUUCUCAGACCUCAGGAAGUCCAAGUCUGCCGAGAUGCUAGGCCAGAGCCGAGGUCGGAAGCCCCAGAGAAAGUCUCUGGGCAAGACCUCCUCAACCAGACAGGUUUCCCCAUCCUCCACCGCACCCUCAGAAAGAAAGAUCCAAUUCCUAGAAAAUAAGCUGAAGUUCUCCAACUUCCUGGAUGAUGUCACCACCAGGGUCAUCAGCCCUGCCAGAAUGCAAAUGCUGGGUGGAAAACAGCAAGAGGACACAAUACCAGUUAAGGGAAACCAGCCUCAGCACCAGGCACAGAAUUCCCCCCUGACUCCCAAAGCGAAGAAGAAGCGAGGAACUGAGAGAAAGUCUGCGAAGAACCGGCCGUGGGAUGAGUGGUCCUCGGCGCUGGACAGGGACAGGCCUUCCAGGAAGGAAAAAGAGGGCCGGCCAAAGACCUGGCACCCCCCCCAGAAGAAGAACAUCCCUGACCAGGAUGCAGAGAAGCAUAGGACAGAACCCCUUAAGGAGGGAGCAAGGCCCAAAGCUGAGGGGCCCAUCUACAGCCGUGUGGGGGGUGGCGGGGACUCCAGCUCUCGACGCAGCAGUGAGACGGAUUGGGAGGACAAGAGUCGGCAGGGAGACCAUCACCAGCAACAACGGCACCAGCCCUCUCAGCUGGACAUCAGGACACAGCACAAGGACGCUAUGGAUGAACCCACCGCUAAAUACGUGCCCCAGCCGCUGCACUCUGAGAGGGAACAAGUGACAAAAGUAUCACAACACUGCUCUUUUUCUGUUUUAUCACAGGUCAAGGUAUGUGAGGAGAAGUUAUUUCUUUCCCCCCUCCACUGUAUGCCUUCCAGAAAAUAAUUGGAAGCCUUCUCAACAAAUAUCUGUGUAUUGUGUCGAGCGGAUUCAACCUGCGAGUUGCUUAGCUACAACUCUUGUCAUAUUAUAAAUUGAAAUUACAUUCGCCAAUAACUGAAGGUAUGUCAUUUCCCUAGAUGGCUUGAAAGAGUAGAAACGUACUGUACAAACAAUCAAGUGGCAUUCACUAGCCAGCUUUCUAGUCCAAUCCAAACUGAAAAGGUCAGUGUUGUGCAGCUGUGUCAUGUUAGUUCAUCCUUUUACUUGUAGAUCUUUUUAUUUUAAUGCACUGUAUUCUGCUAUAGCGCUACACUGAGUGUACAAAACAUUAAGAACACCUUCCUAAUAUUGAUUUGUCUCCAGGCUUAAAACAACCUUUAACCUGUCUCCUCCCCUUCAUCUACACUGAUUUGAAGUGGAUUUAAAAGUGACAUCAAUAAGGGAUCAUAGCUUUCACCUGGAUUCACCUGGUCAGUCUGUCAUGGAAAGAUCCUGACAAUGUUUUGUACACUCAGUGUAUAUCCAUUGUUGAUACUGGCCAUUAUGUCAUAACGAUAUUCUUGAUUAAUACUGUGCAAUUAUUCUACAGAGAUGAGACUACAAUAUUCAUAAAUAUAGUGCUGAUAACUAGCCUCUUAAGUGCCAUAGAUGUGCAGGCUGCUCCUCUGUAAAUUACAGGGGCUGUCAAAUUGAUUUCAUAGCUCCAUGAGGCGUGUACGUAUGGACCUGUGGUGCUAUGAGACAUCAUGUACAAUUCUGCCCUGGCUGCUCAUCUCUGUUACCCUUUGGCUUCAACAGAAAUGUGGCUAACACUGAAAACUACCAAGGAAUCUGAAUUCUGUGCAGUGCGAAAUUGGUUAUUAUAAAUGUAGAACCAUUUGUACAAUCUCUGCUUAGUUCAGUCCUUGAAAGCCUGUGAGUGUUUUGAAAUGAUGUGUGUUGUUGUUACAGAGUGCAUCUCAAAUGUUUCCUAGGUCUGUUCACUGCCUGCCUAGCUCAAUGCCUCAAGGUUGUAUAUGGAUAGCCUUUUUAAAAGAAAUGACCAAUGUUUCCCCCAUAUGGCAGAGUUUGCCAGGGCAGCUGGGAUUUCAUGCGCAUGUUGUUUUCUUUACGAUGCUUUAUUCUCAGGAAAUGACAGCCAGUAAUGAUUGCUAGUCCAGCAAAAUGUCUAUUUUGUUGCAAACAUAUCUACAAUGGCCAAACUAAUAGGGUGUUUCUGUUGUUGCAGGACUCCUUAUCAGAUGCAGACAGGAUCAAGUAAGUGGUUAUUUUAUAAUCUCCUUAUGCUUACUUUGACAAAUAUAUGCUGUAUUUUCUGUGAGAUGUGAGAAAUGCUUCAGCCACAGAAUUGAAAAUACCAACAUUUGACUUACAGUUUAAACAAACAGAAAACAGUGAACCUCAGCAUGACUUGGUACGCAUCUUUGGCGACGGGUUUCUGUGUCUAUUUGCCUGCCUCACUUUGAGCACAGUGUUGACACCUCCUCAGUGUGUCCUGUAUAGAUCAGUCUUUACUGUGUGGGAAGCUGUUGCCCAGGGUGGCGUGACCUGAUUGACAGUGGGUAGAUAGGCUGCUUAUAGGAGAUGGCCAGGUUGGCACCAAGCCAUAGCCACAGCCAGCCCUGCCCAGGAGCCCCAGCUGCUCCCGUCUAGACACCUCCUGGGGAGAGGGAGCCAGGCAGGCCACACUCAGACUUCUAGCCUCUGCAUCAGUAGCACUGAGAUGGAGGGGGGGAGGGUUCAUAGAGACAUGAGUGAUCCCAGAUGGUGCCAUGAUGACUAGGCCCUGCGGUGUGGUGGGAUGGGUGAUGCACAGGUGGGCGAGCGAGAGUGGAAGAGGAGCAGGUUGCUGUUAGCACCAACAUCCGUCACCCACACCCCCCUCCCUCCCAACCCUCCUCGCUCUCCUCCUCCCCCCCCAGACUAGGCUCAAAGGGAAUCUGUGUGAUCAGUGGCAUCUCCCUGCUGGACCCCCACCCCCCAGCUGGGAAAACUCCACACCUGCUGCUGCCACACAGCUAAUGAUGAGAGAAAGCAGCUCUGAGUGUGUGGGGGAGUCCAUUACCACCAGCCGUGCAGGAUUGACCACUAGUACAGAGACAGACCACUAGUUGUAAUUACAGCUAGAACUUUCACCUCCAUCAGUCCUGCUGUCCUCCUCCGCUCCACUUCCUCUCCCAAAAGAAUCCAUAUACUCAGCUAAUUACUACUAAAUCUAUCAAGUGUGUGUGUGACAGUGCAUGUUUGAUGGUUCAUUUUAGCCUCUCGCAGUAAAGUCUAGCCUAGCGCUGUCUCUAUGGUACGCUACAGUGAAGUACCCUUUGGUGUCAUUGAACGAGAUGUGAAGCGAGCAAGGGUAUAUAUUGUCAGGCCACUAUCCACAUGUAUGGGCCUCAUCAGGCAGCAAUGCUUAAUGAAUUGCUGCUGACGUAGCUGCUGUUGGAUCCUCCCUCCCUUUCUCUUCCCAGUAGUGGUAAAUGCUGAUAAGCUGCUUUGUGGCACACAAGCAAUGUAAUUGAUUGGCCUAGAUGCCCCUGUGCUGGUGUGGGAUGGUGAAUGGUUCUGUGGGAGAUUACCUGUGUCUGACUAACUGAAUACAACCGGACCUGAGCUGAGUGCCGCUGUUAAUGAUUACCGCCCAGUCACCCACUCUUGCCCUGGAAUUCCUCAAGGCACCAAGCCUCCACAGAGGCCAGAGCUUGGUAUGUCUCUAUGUGGUAGUGGAGUUUUGUCAUGCUGUUCUAUAGAAUCUUGGCUGUUUGUCUACUGCGUAUGCUGCGGAGGACUGUGAGGAGCAAAUUUCCCAACAUGUUUCUCAGAUGAAUGGGGAUACCAAUACAUCGAUUGACAGACGAUAUCUUCCUUCUCUCUCCCUCCCCCUAUUUCCACCAUACUCUUCCGAAUGGGAAAAGGUCAGAAAAGUCCAACUCAGCGGCAGCAGUUUUGUCAGAAAUUGUUUCCCAUUCUCCACUAUACCUAGCCGUGCCUCACUGAGUUUUAAACGGCCUCAACCAAACAGGCUCAACCAUGCUCAUUGCAUUUUAGCUGUUGUUUUUGUUUACCCCUCUUCCCAUAUGCCGUGUCUGACUGUCUGUAUGGUUGACUAGACAUAACACACAGACGCAUCCUUCCAGCCUUUAUCUCCAGACGUCUACCUGUUGUACACUGUCACUCAGUGUCAGGUUGUGACUACCAUGGGAUGGCCCCUAUGAAAGACAGAUGUCACUUGAUGUCAUGGCCACAGUGAUAAAAUGACUGACCAUGUUGUUGCCAUGAAGCCAUCAGGGAAAUAGACGUCGGAGGCCUAGGGAAGGCUGUCUUUUUUUAUUCGAAUUGUUCUCUUCUUCACCUUACUAUGAUGCGCACACCUACUUCUGUCAACUCUCGAAAAUCACAAGAACAAAGUCUAAUGCUGGGAUCAAAAGCUUUUUUUUUUCUUUUCUUGAACGGAUGGUCAGGGGGCCGGAACAUAAUUACAAAUCAUUCGUAGACUGCAAAUUGACCUCAAGAUUCCCAAACAGAUAUAAUAUUUGACUAAAACAAUCAUUUCAAACCUUGCUUACAUUUGGAUACACUGAGUGUACAAAACAUUAAGGAUACCUGCUCUUUCCAUGACAUAGACUGACCAGGGGAAUCCAGGGGAAAGCUAUAAUCCCUUAUUGAUGUCACUUGUUUAAUCCACUUCAAUCAGUGUAGAUGAAGGGGAGGAGACAGGUUAAAGAAGGAUUUUUAAGCCUCGAGACAAUUUGAGACAUGGAUUGUGUAUGUGUGCCAUUCAGAGGGUGAAUGGGCAAGACAAAAUAUUUAAGUGCCUUUGAAUGGGAUAUGGUAGUAGGUGCCAGGCGCACCAGUUUGUGUCAAGAACUGCACCGCUGCUGGGUUUGUCACGCUCAACAGUUUCCCAUGUGUAUCAAGAAUGGUCCACCACCCAAAGGAUGUCCAGCCAACUUGACACAACUGUGGAAAGCAUUGGAGUCAACAUGUGCCAGCAUCCCUGUGGAACGCUUUCGAUACUGAGGUCAAAAUGGCAACUCCAUAUUAGAAAGAUGUUCUUAAUGUUUUGUACAAUCAGUGUAUAUCUCUCUACUAUGCGUGGGAAUACCUUUGGUGUUUUUACAGUCUUUUAUGUCCAACAAUUUAAAACAAGAAAGGAAAAAAAGAAGUUUGUUAGAAAACUUGGCGGGCCGCGAGUUGGGAAACCCUUGUCUGAUGCAGGCAAAACCCCUGAACCUCUGAGAAUGUGUUUUACAAGUGAAAGACAGCUUUCCAAUCCCAGUCUUUCAAAUUACUUUCUGAAAGCUUGGGAAUAUCUAUUUUCUCUUAUCACAGUUAUUUUCCCAAUGUGCCUUAUUUUACCACUCUCCUCCACCUCCUCUCUGGCUCCCGGGGAGCAUCUCAAUGUGCAAGGCUGUUAGAGGUGUUUGUAAGAGGCUAAAAAGUACCCUAACCACUGUGCACUCAGGUUCUGGGUAGUCUCUAAUUGCAAGACCCCUUUAUGCUGUGACAUGCUCAUUUUGCUUUGCUGUUGUAAUGUAAUGCUCAAUCAUCCAGGCUAGAUCUAUUGGUACUGAUGCCUUGCUUUUAUACACACUGUGCAUUGGUUAGCAGCAGUUGUUCUGUGGAAGCUUGUAUUGUACUGUAUAAUUCAUGUAACAUUUUCCUCACUGCUUACAUUUACAGCACAGUAGAGUGAAUUACGCUAUUUUUACAUAAGGCAUAAGCUUGGCUUCUUAUACACACCUACUCUUCGUAAUCUGAACAGGCUCUGAGCUCAUGUUCCUCAUGUCACAAUCAGCAGAAACAUACGUGUUGUGUGUAUGCGUACACAUACUUAGCUCAAGUAAACGUGUACAGGGUUACAGGGUUGUACCCACAGACUGUGCCAAAGACCCAUUUUCUGCCUUUUACUCAAACCCGUGCCUUGAAAGAGCCAAAACAGAACUGAACCGUGAAGAAACAGUGAAAUCCUGUAUGUAAUUCUAGAAUAAAACAUUGGCUGCCACCCCACCAACCGUAACAUACCAUGAAUCAUUGAUGUUCUCUUUUCUUGAGCCGCUCUGGUUCUAGUUGACAAGUGUCUCUGCACGUGUAGGCUACACGUGUGCAUUUUCCUUCCUUCCCCUCUCGAGCAGUCAGCUUACUUUUUAAUUUUUUAUUUAACCUUUAUUUAACUAGGCAAGUCAGUUAAGAACAAAUUCUUAUUUACAAUUACUGCCAAACCCGGACGAUGCUGGGCCAAUUGUGCGCUGCCCUAUGGGACUCCCAAUCACGGCCGGAUUGUGAUAUAGCCUGGAAUCGAACCAGGGUCUGUAGUGACGCCUCUAGCACUGAGAUGCAGUGCCUUAGACCGCUGCGCCACUCGGGAGCCCCGACUUAGUGAAGAGGACUCCCCUCUUGCUCUGGAAGUUGGGACGGGAGCUCGUGUCGAUUUAAAGAUUUAGUGUCUGCCAGCUGUUAGGUGGGAAAAUGUCCCAUUUGAUCUUUGCAGACGCGGCACGUGGAACAGAUAGCGGUGUGAGGGCUAAUUUAAUUCCACACUGUCACACCCAAUCACACCCUGUCACUGGGUAAUGCACCUGGAUGCUCCUGUUGUGGUCCCCUGUCUGCCCAUCCAUUUCCUGGCUCUCACAACCUAAUCUGAGCCCACUGGAAGUUUUAGCUUAAACGUACGUCAGUGGACUUUAUUUAGGAGCUUUUUUGCUGCUAUCCGCUGUCAUGCAGCAGAACGGUCCCCUAGGUAUGGGGGUCUGUCUGAGCCAGUAGGACAGAGACUCUGAAAACAGUGGUUUUAAUCGGAGUGUGCAGCCAGCAGCGAGUGGGUGGCUGGAUGCUGCAUGGUGCGACACGCGGUGUGGUGACAGGAUUGGGGACAGUGGGUUAUGGCAGAUGUGUCCUGUCCCAUGGCAGCAGCUCCCUCCCCUCCCGUCCCCCCAGCAUCCUGACAGCUGCUCCCAUUAGACUCCACAGACACACUAGGACAACGGAACCUAGGCACAGGUAGGCAGCCACCCGAGACACAGGCUACUCGCGUGCCCGCUGCAGACAGACAGACACGCGCACACACGAGUGCUGCGGACAACCAUGUGUUCGCUCUCUCUCAUCACACACAGAGAAAAGACACACACACUCUGUCAUAAAUAUGCACUCACUCAUAUGCAUGGACCUGCAAAACCAAUAACUAUUUCUUUCACAUAUGCCAAUUUUCCCUCAUUAUGUUAAUCAUAGUUGUUAAUUAUGAAUUUUCUCUAUUCCCAUUGUGACAUUUUUAUAUUUUAAAUAAACUGUGAAUAUACUGUGUCCCUGAAUUUUGGUUGGUCUGUGGCUGAAGCAAGUUCCCAUGGCUCUCUGUUUGUCUUGUCAGUCUAGUCACUAUGUGUAAUACAAUACUGUCUGUGAGUAAUUCCACUGCACCUGGGCUGACUGCCCCCCCCCCCUCUACCUUCACCUCUCCACCACUCCCUCUCCCCUCCAGGAUCCUGCAGCAGCAGAAUGAAGACCUUCGCCGGCGGCUCUCCCACACCACCCACAAGAUGGAGGCCAUGGAGACGGAGUUUGAGACCAGUCGCCACUACAUGCAGGGGGAGAUGGGUCGCACGCGCGACGACCUGGAGAAGAUGAGAGACAAAUUCCGCAGGUGAUGAGUUCAACCUACCUCGUUUCCUGAGCCCAUUGUCAAUGUUAUGGGAAGCACUCUUGCUAUCUCUUGACACAGAUAAUAUUCCGUUACACUGCACACCGUGCUCACUCACUUCCUCUCCCAACCACACUUUUUUUGACACAGAAAGAUGAAAUGAAUACCUUCCCUGGCAAUCCAUUUUUAAUGAAUCUGAUCAAAGCUGUUGAAUUAAUGAGAGCUUAGCCGUCUGAUUAAUUCCUUCAAACUCCGGGCAUGUUGGAUUGUCUAUUUGAGGGUGGGAUGGGGGGGUUGGGGGGAGUUUUGUUAAGUUUCUGCCACAUGGAAAAAAAUGUGAUGCCAGGAAGUCUAUACCGUUUUAUCUAUGAUGUAUCUAUCUAUCUAUAUUUCAUAACGUUGUUGUUCAAUGGGAGGAUGUUACCCUAGGGCUCUUCAGCACCCCACCACACUUCCUCUGUCAGCCCUAGUUAGUGACAACAUCAGGCCUUCCUCAAAGAGCCUGAAUGUUGAACCAGAACUACGUCUGAGUUGUUUCUGUUAUUUAUUUUGUUCUAUACCACAUGAUGGGCACACAACCAUGGUUCUUCUAUCAUUUGUCUUUCCUUCAAUCUUUCCGGUGUUUCAGAAGCUCUUGAUUAAAAGCGAAUGCUUCUCCUGCUUUCCCUGGCAAUACACCUGCAACCCACCUCCCAGCUUUUGAUUAAGAAAUCAAUCUCUACACAUCUGCUUGUCAAUCAAGUUAAUUCUGAAGAAAAAGGCAGGCCCAGUCCCAUCUGUGUACAACUUGUAGCUUGUUAAAUAAAGAUUUAAAAUGUUCACAGUUUACAGAUAACUUAAAAAGCUUAUUAACAGAAGUUGGUCUUGAAAAGCCUGAAAAUGCAGUCUUUGAUUCCUAAAAACUAUUUUAAAUGGAUUUAAGAAAAUGUUUUGUUUAAGUGCAGGUUAAAAAAGAGGGAAAUGACACCCGCGUAAUGGUCGGGGUAUGCAUAAUCCACCUUUUAAUGAGACAAGAAACUCUCUCAGGUUAAUGAGAUUGUAAAGCUAAUGUUAUUAUGAAGUGGCAUGGUAAUGAUCAAUGAGGUUCCUACCACCACACUGAGGAAACUAAAACUCCUCCAGAGGGAGAACACAGGUCUGCAGCUAAAGCUGGUAAACGGGACUUGGCGGCAACACAUUUUCCCACUAUCUGCUUUCGGGUGAUAAUGGUUGCCAUUUUUGUCUUUUAAUCAUUAAAUAUGUUGCCUGCAUUUGAAUUAUUUUCUAAUACAUUUCCAAUAGCUUUAUAUGUAAAUGUCCCAUUUCAUUUUUAUCUCGCUGUCAACAUGUACAGUACUACUCAAAGGUUUGGACACACCUACUCAUUCAAGGGUUUUUAUUUUAUUUUUUCUUUAUUCUUUUUUUACAUUGUAGAAUAAUAGCGAAGACAUCAAAACUAUGAAAUAACACAUAUGGAAUCAUGUAGUAACCAAAAAAGUGUUAAACAAAUCAAAAUGUAUGUUAAAUUUGAGAAUCUUCAAAUAGCCACCCUUUGCCUUGAUGACAGCUUUGCACACUCUUGGCAUUCUCUCAACUAGCUUCACCUGGAAUGCUUUUCCAACAGUCUUGAAGGAGUUCCCACAUAUGCUGAGCACUUGUUGGCUGCUUUUCCUUCACUCUGCCGUCCGACUCAUCCCAAACCAUCUCAAUUGGGUUGAGGUCUGGGGAUUGUUGAGGCCAGGUCAUCUGAUGCAGCACUCCAUCACUCUCCUUCUUGGUAAAAUAGUCCUUACACCACCUGGAGGUGUGUUGGGUCAUUGUCCUGUUGAAAAACGAAUGAUAGUCCCACUAAACCCAAACCAGAUGCGAUGGCGUAUCGCUGCAGAAUGCUGUGGUAGCCAUGCUGGUUAAGUGUGCCUUGAAUUCUAAAUAAAUCAAAGACCGUGUCACCAGCAAAGCACCCCCACACCAUAACUCCUCCUCCAUGCUUUACGGUUGGAACUACUCAUGCGGAGAUAAUCCGUUCACCCACACCGCGUCUCACAAAGACACGGUGGUUUGAACCAAAAAUCUCAAAUUUGGACUCCAGACCAAAGGACAAAUUUCCACCGGUCUUAUGUCCAUUGCUCGUGUUUCUUGGCCCAAGCAGGUCUCUUCUUUUUAUUGGUGUCCUUUAGUAGUGGUUUCUUUGCAGCAAUUCGACCAUGAAGGCCUAAUUCACAUAGUCCCCUCUGAACAGUUGAUGUUGAGAUGUGUCUGUUACUUGAACUCUAAAACAUUUAUUUGGACUGCAAUUUCUGAGGCUGGUAACUCUGGGUCUUCCAUUCCUGUGGUGGUCCUCAUGAGAGCCAGUUUCAUCAUAGCGCUUGAUGGUUUUUGCGACUGCACUUGAAGAAACUUUCAAAGUUCUUGAAAUGUUCCAUAUUGACUGACCUUCAUGUCUUUAAAGUAAUGAUGGACUGUCGUUUCUCUUUGCUUAUUAUAGCUGUUUUUGCCAUAAUACGGACCUGGUCUUAUACCAAAUAGGGCUAUCUUCUGUAUACCCCCCCUACCUUUUCACAACACAACUGAUUUGGCUCAAACGGAAAUAAAUUCCACAAAUUAACUUUUAAGAAGGCACACCUGUUAAUUGAAAUGCAUUCCAGGUGACUACCUCAUGAAGCUGGUUGAGAGAAUGCCAAGAGUGUGCAAAGCUGUCAUCAAGGCAAAGGGUGGCUACUUUGAAGAAUCUCAAAUAUAAAAUAUAUUUAGAUUUGUUUAACACUUUUUUGGUUACUACAUGAUUCCAUGUGUGUUAUUUCAUAGUUUUGAUGUCUUCACUAUUAUUCUACAAUGUAAAAAUAAAGAAAAACCCUUGAAUGAGUAGGUGUGUCCAAACUUUUGACUGGUAGUGUAUGUGGAGAAACAGAUUUUCACAUUUACUGUUACAAAUGGUUUGGCUCUGGGUUGCGGUAAUGUGAAAAUGCACGUUUUAAGUCAAGAUUCCAGGGAAAACCACAUGGCUGCUCAUUUCAAAUCCCCUGUGUGUGUCGAAUUCAAAAGCAAUCAUCCCAGUUUAUCUCCAAUCAAGAGGCAUCUUCCUGUUUUUCGCGGUGAGCAGCCAGUCACUUUCAAUUAUCCCUGCAGUGUUUCCAUCAAUAAAUCACAGAAUGAGACUACAUGCCUAUGCGGGAUGCGAUGGUACAUCUGCAUUUCCGUAUUAGAUGGUCACACAUUUCAAUGGAGCCUCAGCAAAGAUAAUGGUUCAAUUGGAUUACCAUUAGUUAACGAGUGUGCUCCACUCGUACAGUGAGGGAAAAAAGUAUUUGAUCCCCUGCUGAUUUUGUACGUUUGCCCACUGACAAAGAAAUGAUCAGUCUAUAAUUUUAAUGGUAGGUUUAUUUGAACAUUGAGAGACAGAAUAACAACAAAAAAAUCCAGAAAAACGCAUGUCAAAAAUGUUAUAAAUUGAUUUGCAUUUUAAUGAGGGAAAUAAGUAUUUCACCCCUCUGCAAAACAUAACUUAGUACUUGGUGGCAAACCCUUGUUGGCAAUCACAGAGGUCAGACGUUUCUUGUAGUUGGCCACCAGGUUUGCACACAUCUCAGGAGGGAUUUUGUUCCACUCCACUGCAGAUCUUCUCCAAGUCAUUAAGGUUUCGAGGCUGACGUUUGGCAACUCGAACCUUCAGCUCCCUCCACAGAUUUUCUAUGGGAUUAAGGUCUGGAGACUGGCUAGGCCACUCCAGGACCUUAAUGUGCUUCUUCUUGAGCCACUCCUUUGUUGCCUUGGCCGUGUGUUUUGGGUCAUUGUCAUGCUGGAAUACCCAUCCACGACCCAUUGUCAAUGCCCUGGCUGAGGGAAGGAGGUUUUCACCCAAGAUUUGACGGUACAUGACCCGUCCAUCGUCCCUUUGAUGCGGUGAAGUUGUCCUGUCCCCUUAGCAGAAAAACACCCCCAAAGCAUAAUGUUUCCACCUCCAUGUUUGACAGUGGGGAUGGUGUUCUUGGGGUCAUAGGCAGCGUUCCUCCUCCUCCAAACACGGCGAGUUGAGUUGAUGCCAAAGAGCUCGAUUUUGGUCUCAUCUGACCACAACACUUUCACCCAGUUCUCCUCUGAAUCAUUCAGAUGUUCAUUAGCAAACUUCAGACGGCCCUGUAUAUGUGCUUUCUUGAGCAGGGGGACCUUGCGGGCGCUGCAGGAUUUCAGUUCUUCACAGUGUAGUGUGUUACCAAUUGUUUUCUUGGUGACUAUGGUCCCAGCUGCCUUGAGAUCAUUGACAAGAUCCUCCCGUGUAGUUCUGGGCUGAUUCCUCACCGUUCUCAUGAUCAUUGCAACUCCACGAGGUGAGAUCUUGGCCGAGGGAGCCCAAGGCCGAGGGAGAUUGACAGUUAUUUUGUGUUUCUUCCAUUUGCGAAUAAUCGCACCAACUGUUGUCACCUUCUCACCAAGCUGCUUGGCGAUGGUCUUGUAGCCCAUUCCAGCCUUGUGUAGGUCUACAAUCUUGUCCCUGACAUCCUUGUAGAGCUCUUUGGUCUUGGUCAUGGUGGAGAGUUUGGAAUCUGAUUGAUUGAUUGAUUGAUUGCUUCUGUGGACAGGUGUCUUUUAUACAGGUAACAAACUGAGAUUAGGAGCACUCCCUUUAAGAGUGUGCUCCUAAUCUCAGCUCGUUACCUGUAUAAAAGACACCUGGGAGCCAGAAAUCUUUCUGAUUGAGAGGGGGUAAAAUACUUAUUUCCCUCAUUAAAAUGCAAAUCAAUUAAUAACAUUUUUGACAUGCGUUUUUCAGGAUUUUUUUGUUGUUAUUCUGUCUCUCACUGUUUAAAUAAACCUACCAUUAAAAUGAUAGACUGAUCAUGUCUUUGUCAGUGGGCAAACGUACAGAAUCAGCAGGGGAUCAAAUAAGUUUUUCCCCUCACUGUUUGUCCUAUCUGAUUAUCACCGGGCAGCACCGUUACACAGAUGCUUUCAGAGAUCACACUCUGCAUGGGGAAAAAGCUCUGGGAAUGAAAAGCAAAUUGUUGUAAUUACGACUACAAUUUUUUAUUUAGUUUACCAGACCCAGGAGCAGCAUUCACAUGUAACUCUCGGAGGACUUGAUUUGAUUAGUUUACGGCUGCCAGACUAUUCAAUCUGACUUCUUUGUGGAGCCAUCAGGCGACUGUAAUUGCACUGCCCAAUUUGAAUUCCAUCAGCACAAAGUCAGAUGAAUCUCGAUCCUCUGAACACUGAAAUGCAGCGGGAGUGUUAAAGUAUGGACUCAAUACUGUACGUCACUCUGGAUACGAGCGUCUGCUAAAUUACUUGAAUGUCAAAUGUAAAUGUGUACCACGGUGGGAAUCGGUGAGCUUUGCUCAAAUGUUUAUUAACUUUUGAUUGGGACAAAGACAGUGAAAAUCAUUGGCGGUGAAGCCUUUUUGAUUAGUGAGGAAUGAGAAGGAUGUGCCAGAGGGUAAUAAGAGAUGCUGGUGUUAUUGGGAAGGACAGCCCUUUGGGAAAUAUGUCGUAAAAAGCCAGAGGUUUUGUAGAAUGAAUCCCAUUGAUACACACUGGUACCGCUGAUACACCCUGGACACGGCAAUGGCUUUAGUGUCAUUGCAUUGGGGUUGUAAUCAGGGUAAGGUUACACCAGUGCGUGUGUCCAUAUGCAAUAUUGUUCGAUCUAUUAAUCAAUCACUUGGCCAGUUGGCCCGGGGACGGCAGUUAUUGUAACAUGUUCCCAUCUGCGUGGUCAAAUGAGCACACCGUAUGGCUCAGGGCAGAGAGCGGAGAUGAGACUAACCGGCUAGAGCAUGGCCCUAGUGCAGACCUCACUACCAUGGAGAGGAUCACAAGCUGCUAGACUGGCCUUGUAAUCCGCUCUCAAUGGAAAGGGUGACCGGCGGAGUGCAUUGUGAGCAUCAUUGGUGUGCUUUUUAGACUUCUAUUGGAUUUCAGAUGUUGGAUUUUCAGUCAGUCCUGAAUCAUAUGCUCUGGAGUUUCUGUGAGAUGGGGUUUGAACCAUACAAAUGUUAACAAAGGCAACAUUUGUAAAAUAACAAUGGACAGAGAAGUGAUUAGACCUUUCAAAUACUGAUUUUCUAACAUCUGUUUCUUUGGGUUUCUUUGUUCAAAAAGUCUCACAGGGAGUUGACUUGCACAUAAUUUAUCAUGAUUCACACUUACUGAAAAGAUUAUACUGAAAGAUUAAGGUGCGGUGUGCUUUAGUGCCCUGAACUUCCUGACUCCCACACCUCUUUUACUGUUGCUCACCAUUACACAUUGUGGGUGUGACAGAUGAUGAUUAUGAUAAUGAAGGUGGUGCACAAUCAGGGGUUGGAGGCUAUUUCUAUACAACAGGAACAUCAAUACCUAUUCAGUACAUAACUGCAGGGCCCAUCUCAGCCUGCAAAGCUAUGUGGAAAAUCACUAUAUUGCCAUUUUAACCCUUUGAAUUUCCUCCAUCAUAAUUGCAUUCCAUGAAAUACACAACCUCUCAUUUUUUUAGAGGAAUUUAUCUAGCCAAUUUAGGAGGCAGUGGAUAGUGGGAAAGUAAUUGCUAUUGGCCCUAUUGAAAUGAGUUUCGUUCAGACUCCUCUCUCCCCUUUCCUCCCAUCUCUCGUAAUUUGUUCCGAAUGUCUAACCUGUUGAAAAACGGCGCGAGCAAACUCUGAUGGCUUCAUUAAGUCCUCUGAGAGGAUUCAUACCGCACUGCUGUUGAGUAGAAAUGGAAAUAAAGUGAUCUAAAUGUAUAUGGAUGUGACUGCCAAAAGAACAGCAUGCAUACUUCUACUGCAGGAUGUACCCAUUUUCUGGUGCCUCAUAUGGCAAUUGUAUUUAUUUAUUUGACAACCAGACAAGACGCACAAGAAAAGACAACCGCAUAAUCUGAACUAUGAUGGGAGGUGAUUGCACUGAAAGACAAAACAAUAUGAUGUGGUUGAGUUGUUCUGUUACUGCAGUGCUACGUUCUGUACCAGUGGCCUCAUCUCAGGCUCUGCAGCGUAGCAUCUGUGGAUUUCCAAUAACUUUUCUAUCUGGAUGGGCUCAGCUCUGUAGACACUGCACCAUUAACUGAGACACAUUCUGUCCUCCACAGACUGCAGAACAGCUACACUGCCUCCCAGAGGGCCAACCAGGACUUGGAGGAGAAGCUUCAUUCCCUGGUAACCUUUCACCUUUCAACUCUCCCACCUGCCCUCUUUGCUUAUCUAUAGGUGUUCAUUGGACUUAAACAUUUGAUGUACUUUACAUUUACAUUACAUUUACGUCAUUUAGCAGACGCUCUUAUCCAGAGUGACUUACAGUUAGUGAGUGCAUACAUUUUUAUUUUUUAUACUGGAUUCGAACCCACAACCCAGGCGUUGCAAAUGCCAUGCUCUACCAACUGAGCUACAUCCCUGCCGGCCAUUCCCUCCCCUACCCUGGACGACGCUGGGCCAAUUGUGCGCCGCCCCACGGGUCUCCCGGUCGCGGCCGGCUACGACAGAGCCUGGAUUCGAACCAGGAUCUCUAGUGCCACAGCUAGCACUGCGAUGCAGUGCCUUAGACCACUGCGCCACUCGGGAGGGAGUGUGACUACCUUUGAAAGGAAACCUUGACACAUAACUUAACCUUCACUCCAUUUCCCAAAAUACUACUUGUCCUUUUGACCUUUCUCUGGUCAAAAGUAUUGUAGAUUUGCAAACACUACAACAUCCAAAGGUUUCUAUGUCAUGGAGUUUCCCAGCAUGCCAGGUCAGUGGAGUUAUUCUGUAUUGGGGAAGAGGCUCUCCCAUACAGCGGUGUGUUUUUUCUAAAGAGCACUCUCAUUAUGCCAUUAUCCCACACCUGUCAGCUAAUUAUGUCGCAGGAUCUCUUUUGGAAGGUUCUGUGGUACAGAGUGCUGCAAGGGAUUAGCACAGAGGGAAUUGACUUCAUUAAAAGGCCAAAUCAUUCUAUCACCUAUGUCUCUGCUAGCCCCUCUGGGAGAUGGGAAGGUCCACAGCUCUGCUAUUCCCCCGGGCAGCACGCCAGGCAAACCUGUGUGUGUGUGUGUGUGUGUGUGUGCUUACACACUCUCCCGAACUACCCCAAGUGACAACCAGGGAAUUUAUGUGCAAAGAGACACUUACAUAUUCCCGCAAUGGCAAAUCCCAGACUGUCCCUUUAAAACACAGCUUACUACGUUAUGAUGCUAUAGGUUUAUUGGAUGAUUACAAUAUGACUUGUCAACCAUACAACAUAACAACCAUGAAUGAAUAGCAUUGACCGUUUCUCCACUAUCAUCAUCCAUCAUAUAUUAUGUAUCAGGACAUAAAGAAUGCAUCUAUGUUAGAUGUUUUCUAUAUGAAUGCUGCUGUGUCUGAUGGUUGUUUGAUUAGUGUGUGUGUGUGUGUGUUGGUGGUAUGUGUAUGCGUGUGCAUGCUGUAUGUCUAUUCUUUCUAAUCCAAUCACAUUUAGUCAAAGCAAACGUGCCCACUGGCCAAAUUUUUAUUUCCCAUAAAAAUGUAGAUUGACUAAUGUCGAAAUAGUUAGCUAUGAUCCUUUGCUGGUGGCUGUGGUACGGUCCCCUGCCCUCUGUGAUAGCUGUGUGACAAAAUCAAAGUCAAGCUGCUCUGUUUUACACUGACAAGGACAGACAUUAUGUUGCUUUGUGUGCUGUGUAACUGCCAACUCUCCGCAUGGCAAGUGAUCUGAGCACAACUACAAGCAGUCUCCCUUGACUGUCCAUUACCCACAGGCUAGCCCUCCCAGACUAGAUUCACACCACAGAUUUACUGUGGAAUGAUCUACAAACAUUCUACUGUCUGAUUCUGAUUUCAGUCCAGCCCGGUUAAUUGUCAGUGUAGAGGAGGUAGCUGAUCGAGGACUGAUGGGCCGGUUGGAGCUUUGUGGUUGGGACAGGUGAUUUGUUUGUGUGUGUGUGUGUGGGGCUGGCCUUGAUGUGAGGUAAUCUCUUUGCAAUUGCCAGAGGAUUACUCUGCCCAAAACAUGCUCUGAUCCCACAUUCACCUUGUCAAAGGUGGCCUUUAAACAUGCACAGUAGGGAUGGGCAUUUAAAAGAAUGUCUGUGUUUGAGUACUCUCAUUAAAAAAAUGUUUGAGUGCUCGCAUGUUACGUGAAGCGGGGCUGAACUCAAAAUGUUUGUGGUAUGACAUCUAGUGUUCCAAAUACUGGUUGUUCUAAUACACAACGGAAAACAAAACUUUUUGUAUUAAAUUAUUAGUAAACGAAUUACAAACCUUGAAUCGAAUACUCGAAUACCCUAAUACACAGCUCUCAAAUCCUCCUUCCUCAUCCUUGUGGAUCCCAUUAUUUUUGUGUUAAACCUAAAUUGAUGCGAUUUCCCAGUUCUCUUUUAGAAUUCUAUUGAUGGUGUGACCCCUGUCUAACAGUCGAGGCUUAAAUGACAUGAAUGUUUCAACCUGUUCUGACGUGUUCCGUUAGAGGAGUACACAAUCAGAAACCUUAUUAGCCGAUGACGCACUGGAGACCAUGCCAAAUGUACAAAAGAAGAGACCAAAAUAUUCUGUGUUCUCACCAUCCGUCUUUUUUUCUUUCUGUCUGUUUCUCUCAUUCUCUCCCCCUCUCUCAUGCUGCUGCUUCGUGACGUGCUGUCUCAUCGUCAUCAGGCUGCUAUCAGUCAAACCUGGGUCUACGCAGUUGCGUUAUCAUUCUUUUUCUCUCCUGUCUUCCUCCCCCCUCUUCCCCCUCUGAGCAUUUAUUACAGUUGUCAUUUUCAUUACUGCUCUGCUUGUCAUCUCUGAACUAGGAAGUCUCUCCAUCCUCUUGUCUUGUCCUGGCAAACUGCUCUAGAUGUCCUGCAGUAGAUCAUCCUGUCUGUGUAGCUCUGCUUUGGCCCUAUGCAUGGGGGUUGGGGUUGGGCAUGAGGGGCUGGGGGAAUAGAAUGUGUUUCUCUAGGUGUGCCCAGUGAUUCAAACUUUAGUUUUCUAGUCAAGUCCCCCACCUCUCUAUACACUGAGUGUACAAAACAUUAGGAACUCCUGCUCUUCCCAUGACAUAGACUGACCAAGUGAAUCUAGGUGAAAGCUAUGAACCUUAUUGUCACUUGUUAAAUCCACUUCAAUCAGUGUAGAUGAAGGGGGGGAGACAGGUUAAAUAAGGAUUUUUAAGCCUUGAGAAAAUUGAGACAUGGAUUGCGUAUGUGUGCCAUUCAGCGAGCAAGACAAAAUAUUUAAGUGCCUUUGAACAGGAUAUGGUAGUACGUGCCAGGCGCACCAGUUUGUGUCAAAAACUGCAACGCUGCUGGGUUUUUCACGCUCAACAGUUUCCUGUGUGUAUCAAGAAUGGUCCACCACCCAAAGGACAUCCAGCCAACUUGACACAACUGUGGGAAGCAUUGGAGUCAACAUGGGCCAGCAUUCCUGUGGAACGAGUCGAAUUGAGGCUGUUCUGAGGGCAAAAGGUGGUGCAACUCAAUAUUAGGAAGGUGUUCCUAAUGUUUUGUACACUGUAUAUCCCCUUUACCAUAGGUGUGUUACAUCAUUGACAUGGCAACCAAUGGAGCAGGAGAUACAGUCUGGGUCUCAUUCUGUCUAUAUGUCUCUCAGUAACUCUCUUUCUCACUGAUUCUCUAUGGACAGAUAAAUGAUGGUUCCUCUUUUCUACCAAGUGGUGGUGACUAUACCAUAUCCCUCUGUGAGGAUUGGAUCUUGCUAUUUUCAUAGUCCAAUCAUGUUGCGUGAUCGAUCACGACCACUAAAACAACUGGACAGAGCUGCUCAGUGCUCACUACCGUGCAGGCUUCAGCUAACAUCUAGUAAAUGGACAAUGUCAGAUAUAAAAUACAGGGAGGCCCCCCGAAGUAAGACAUUGUACUUGGUGUGUUAACCAAUAAUGACGUUGAUAUUGUGUUGGCAGACGUUCAGAACUGCAGCCUUGGUCCAGGCUGCUCACAGGGUGUCAGUGCAGGUCCAAGCCCACACAGUGGGCUCACUGGAGGCUCUAAUGAGCCUGUGGUGAAUAUUAAUGCAAGGAUCUGGGCCUGCGCUUGCUCGCUAGCUAACACACACACAGAGGAGUCACAGCAUCUGGAUCCGCCCGCACUAUUAAUUGGUUUGGAAGUUCUCCAGCUCAGGGGUUUAGGGAUUAUUUGCUGCGAGAGAACGUACCGAAGCCCAGAGAACCGACAUUCGUUGUUUUUUGUUAACUCAACUUGAGAAAUAUUGCACGUAUAGUGUGAGGUCCCUACUGUAGCAAGACCCAUUUGUUGGCUAAGUCUUGGUUACUUAAAAAAUACUCACCAUAGCCACUCAGGACCACAAGCUAUUCCUGUGGUACCUCUGAAAUCAGAGAUAUCUUGUUAUAUUAGAGAAUCCCUUUAAUCCUGAUAUAAUAAUACAUCAGAUAAUAUUAGUGCUGAAACUACAGAGUAUUUGAUCAAUUGUUGCCUAUUAUAGACUUUGCAUAAUCUACCUGUCAUGUUGUUAAAGUGUCACUCACAUAGCUAGAUGUUAAAACUGAAGCGAUUCACUGGCUCUUUUAAAGAUACAACAGCAUGUCACCUGCCCAGCUGUUUGACUGAAGUUAUAGGUUAUUGUAUUCCCCAAACAUAUGUCGUGAGUGAGUGCGAGAGGGAGUAACCGCAUUAUUAGGGUGACUCGGCACAGACUCAGACCCAGAGUCCUUUGAGCUCACACUUUGUCACUUCAUAAUGUGCCAUCGAUCUGUUUAUGUAGGACAUGUCCUGCGCCUGUACUUUUUUGGUUUCUCUCUCAACACACUGCUGAGCUGAGUGGAUAGCAACAGCCUCUGUCUCUGUGCUGCUGUGUCAGCUAGCGGAGAGGCUGGAGGAGGAGACAGGUUUUAGCUGUAAUCAAUGAGGAAAUCACUCUGUGUGCUUACGUAAACAUAGAGUCCUGCAGCUAGUGCACCCCUAUACUGGCUAUGGUUAUCCCUACGUGAGUGAUGCAUGACGCUGCUUUCUAACAUUAUGCAUCCCACCACCAUUAUCCGUCUACAGCUCCGUAAGGUGGAGAGGGACAAGAAGACCAUGGACCAGGAGAUAGUGGAGCUCACCAACAAACUCCUGGACGCCAAGAACACCAUUGACAAGCUGGAGGAGUUGAACGUGGGUGUUGUCACACUGUCCCUCUUUGAGUUAUCACAUACCAGAUAUGAAGUUAGAUGUAUAAUAUAGAACCACAGUUUGGGGUAAGAUUGAGACCUUGAACAGAUCAACCACACCAUUCAGAGAAUCAAGUCCAAGUGCUUUGUGAGAAAUGGACGUUUCCAGUAUACCUCUAACAUUGAGUAUUUGAUCCUUUUCUCUCUCCAUACCCCUACCCUUUCACCCCUUGUUCUGUUCUCCUCCCUGACAGGAGCGCUAUCGGCAAGAUUGCAAUUUGGCCGUGCAGCUUUUGAAGUGCAAUAAGUCCCAUUUCAGAAACCACAAGUUUGCAGAUGUAAGUACAGCUCUGAUCGUAUGAUGUGAAUGAUUACGGCUCAUAUAUAAAAGGCCUUCCACUUGUCACGGUGGCACUGUUAGAUCUGUGUGUGUUUUGCACUCCGCAGUGACACUCUUGGACAUGGGAGAGAGAGAGAGGGAGAAAGAGGGGGAGAGAGCGGUCGCCUGGGUGACUUUUAAUAAAGGCUGUGGAGCUCUUCACUGGUUUUGUCUGACCCUGGCGUCAGAGAGGACUAGGCAAAGAGAGAAACAAAGAGAAUAGAAAGAGGGAGAGGUUUAAAAAAAAAAAAAAGGUUUGCCUGGCCGCUUUAUCACAGCUCCUGGCCUUUGAGUGUGUUUGAGUGUGGAGCAAUCAACUCUAAGGUGGACGAUAUACAGUACCAGAAAUAGUUUCUUAGUUUAGACCUGCCGUUGACUUCAAUGAAAACUUGAAGCACCUUUUGUCACUGUUCUCACCUCUAGGUGAGAACUUCAGACCAUAUUCUGGCCCAUAAUGUGAUCAGUGAUGUCUCUCCACUAAAUGAAGAGCCACUGAGUUCAAUACUGGCUUCAUCAGAGCUAUCAAACCACAGACUGCUGGGUAAUCCACACAUCAGCUAACAACGGAAUUGAAGUCAGUAUGAUUAAACAAAUCCAUCUAAAUCAAAGUGUUGUGCUAUGAAUCUCUCUUAGAUUAAAUGUUUUUCUCAAGUGUAAAAUCCAUUAGAUUACUAUUUUGCACCUUAAUUUCACUCCCUAAGACUCUUGAAUAAAUAAAACAUUUAGCUACAUGCUAAAUGUUUUGAACUAUGACAUUAUGAAGGAAGAGGCUCCUCUGUGCAUCCCUUCCAUAACCAACCAAUGUUAAACACUGAACUGUCAAUACUGUCAGGUUGAUUGUAAGAAAUGAACAACUGGUGCUUAUUUCUGGAGACACUUGUUUUGUAAUCAAGUUUUGAAUUAAACUUGCUCAAAUGAAACAAUUUACAGAUGGUUUACUUUUAUGUUUUGUUCAGCUGAAUGAUAAAUAAACUGGUAGAUGCCUAAUAUGAGCAGCUUCUCUUUUAGUGCCAAAGUCCAACACUACCUGUGCUCUAACAAUCCAAUCCCUUAUUAAAUGAGAGACAGUGUUUGGAGGUGCGGCUUGGCUAUUUUCUCCAGUCCAUUGAUGUGUAGGGCUCUGCUGCUCCAACACCUUCAGUUAGUUUAUUAAUCGACAGUGCUGUCUUAAUUCCUGAUACUCUGGUCUCCAGAGGACUAUUACUGCCGAUGCGCCAGCCAGGUUGUCGCCGCAGGGCUGUGACUGGCAUCCAGGAGCCAGGGCUAUUUUUAGGAGAUGUAUAAUUCAUCUGAGCAGAAUUAUCUCCCAGUCCUGCAGUAAUUCAUUACUGGACGUGUGGCAGCCAGUAUUACUGCUAGGAAACCUAACAAUCUGCCUCAAGCUGCAGAUCUGUUCGCACACCUCAUUUUAUUCCCUUGUUUUAUGAUCAGCUUAUUUGUGCUCUGAGGGAACCAUUUUGUGCUCUCUAUAUUUGUCAAGUGUUAAUUGAAAGAAUGUUUUGCUUACCUGGUGGUUCUACACCAAAGGCAACUUUUGUACUUAAACACACAUUUUACAUAUCUUGUUUAAACUGCUCAAGUAUUCAAAGGCAUCCAGGUUAUGCAGCUAGUUCAAACACUUGCUGAUUGCAUGGACUCAUGCCCUUAUACAUUCAACAAGUGAGCCAGCAAUUUCCCCCCACAUUUUAUCUGAGCUUGCGAGACUGAUUUUAUGGAUUUAUAUGCCACAUAGCAGACGCUCCCCCCUCUUACCAACUAAGCUACUAAGGACCUAGAGAAGAACCUAGUGGGCAGAACGUGGUAGUUCUUGUACUGGGUCUACCGACUGAGAUCUAAGUCCAAUUGUUGCAGCAAGCUCUUUUUCGCAAUACAAAACAAGUGAAGUGCCUUAAAGAUGAGGACACAUUUUCGAAAAUCAAAGCAUUGACCAUUAGGCAACAUCCCCUUGACAGUCAUCGUCCAUUAGGAGAGAAUCAGAAAGGAAGGAGGAAGCAUGACAUCAGCAGCAGCAGAGAAAAGCACACCAAAGGGCAACAUGGAUAACCAUGGUUACAGCAUCCUCCUGGGAGAAGAUCCGGCAGUAUGGACAAGGACAGGCAAGCAGACAGACAGGAGGGCAGACAGACAAACAGGCUGACAGAAAGGGGGCAGACAGCAUUGAGUCAUCCUGUGUCCAGAUGAGCUACUCCCUGGGUGGGGGUUGGAAACGAAGCUGUGUAUACAAAUCAUCUUAUCAGGCGGGCAGCAGCCAUCUGUGGGAGAUUUAAUGAAUUCUGAAGAUUGCCUAAGGAAACAAGUCAAUUAUACAGCAUGGCAGGAGUUGCCCAGCAGCCCAGUUCUGAGGCUACUCACUAGUGGUUUGGCUGUCUGUGAGCACCAAUUCACACUGCUGCACAUGUGAUUGUUCUAUGAAAAAGCUCAGCUUUUGUCUCCCCAGGCAUUAUGCCAUAUAUAGUAUGCCCACUUUGCCUCAAACUGGCCAUCUAUUGAUGAGUUUAUGCUAAUUGAUAACAUUUUCAGCGUGCAAGCAGUUAGUACAAUAGCAUGGAAAAUAACCAUGACUGUGGCCAUCAAUGGACCCAUGCAGAUUUACAUCACGGUGAUUGCCUGCAGUGCCUAUAAUAAUACAGCCAGUGUUCUAUAGGAAAGAAUGGUGCUAAAAAGGUCUCUCACUCAAUGAAGAAUUAAACACUUUUUGCUACAGCCAUUGUGUGUCUUUUAGUUAAGGCUCUAAAACACAGUACCUUUGUGUGCACAUGGACGUGAUACAUAGCUGCUUGUUAGCUCAUCAUGAGUCAUGACCAAUGAUGUAUAUAAACCUUGGAUUGCUGAUACUAUGUAUUGGCUAAUGAGGCUUUGACGCCACCGGUCGGCCAUAUUGUCAUUCCCCAGAAGGAGCAGCAUAGGAAUUAAUGUAAUUCUACAGUAUUUCAAUUAAAUGUUUCAAAGACAAACUAUGGAAAAAGUCAAGGGAUCUGAAUACUUUCCCGAAUGCACUGUAUUUUUUUAUUUGUAUGUUUAGCUCACAAACUAUAAUUUAAAAGUAUGCAUUAAUGUGUCUGUAUUAGAAUACAUUUGUAAGUCGCUCUGGAUAAGAGCGUCUGCUAAAUGACUUAAAUGUAAAUGUAAAAUAAAUGUGCCAAAAACAAAUGUAUACAUUAAUAAAUGCAUUUAUAUAGCUUCCAAAAUAUUUUUUUUCCAAAUGUGAGUGCCAAGAUGGAGGCACGGUGGCUUCAAAACACCGCUCCUUGUCAGUCAUCUAGUGUAUAUAUAAAUCAUUGGUUAUGACCUGUAACUCUUGGCAGCCUGUUAGCUCUCUAUACGUAAUUGGACAGAAGUCAGGGGUAUGUCAUCCUGGCAGCCCUGUAAUGUUUCAUUGAUCCGGCCAUGUCCCGCUGACCAGAGGAAGUGAACGGGACGCGGGUGGGCGGAUCAUUGCUCACCAGGAUUGUUAGGGCAUCAGGCAGCGGGUGCUGUGGAAUCGACUCUUCUCUCUACCCAUUUUCCACAAAUCAAUAUCUCUGCCCUGCCUCUUCACACCCAGUAUUACCGUGAUAGAAGGGCCCUAGAUGCCUGCCUUUUUUCUCUUUACUCUCUACUCACUUUCUCUUUCUUUCUCGCCACCCUUCAGUUAUCUCAUUAGAGGUGAGACAUUUAUUUUUAUUUUUUCUCGCUCUUUCUGUUCCUGUGAAUGGGGAGUCGGGGACAAGGAGACAUUUGGUGGCCAGGGAAGAAAGGCAGCAGGAGACGGUCUCCUUCACAGCGCUGAUUGAGGUUGAGAUAGUCCUCUCUGAAGGCAACCCACCAGAUAGAUCCCAGUGUUCUCUUCCAUUCACAUAUCUAGCAUCAGACAGCCCAGUGAUGUGUCUGAUCUGGCUGCCAUGUGUUAGUGUCACUCACUGCUUUUACACAGGGGGGCUGAUCCACUACAGGAUCAUAGCAGCUCUUUUAGAAAUUAUCUGGAACUGUUACUGACAAUCCUGACUCCACUUGUAUCCCACUGAGAUGUGCUGCUUUCUAAUUUGGAUCGGAGCACAGUCCCUGCAUAGGAGCGAUAUGAGUGCUAAGUUUUUGCUACUCGGUUAUUAGGGAAAGUUUAAAGCUUCUUGCAUUUGACAUGAGGUUGUAAAUACUCCCACUGCGAGCUAUACAGGCUGUUUUAAAAGCGCAAGUCAAGAAAGAUUUGUCAGCCCUUGUGAGAUACAGGUUUUUAAAGUUGUUCCACUUAAUGGAGGGAAUUGGGAGAUACUGCAGUUAGGGGAGUUAUCAUUAUUUGGUAACAUGUUUUUUAUACAAGUUACGUCUGUAAUAUUUAGUACUUUAGUGUACCACGGGACUCUAGUUUUAAAAUAGCCUUAAAGUUUAAAAAGUCACUCAGAGUUUAUGACAAGCCUGUGACUUUUGAUUUUGACAUUAUCUUUUUUGCCUGUCUGUGAAACAUGUCACGUUUUAUGUUUGUCUCCUCUGUCUUCCAGCUGCCCUAUGAGCUGCAGGACAUGGUGAACAAGCACAUGAAGGCCAGUCUGCCAGAUAAGAGUUCCCAGGGGGCCCAGGGCCAGGACUCCGACACCAUGAGCCUGACGCCUGCCGACGUGGUGCCCACCUCAGUCAUCGCCCGCGUACUGGAGAAGCCUGAGCCUCUGGUGCUCAACUCUGCCCAGUCCAGCAGCAGCGCAGGCCGGCCCCAGGCAGAGGACGUGUUUGUGCAUGUGGACAUGACGGGGCCCCAGGCCGAGGCAGGAAGAGGGGGUAGAGAGAAUGGGGGUCCCCGCCACAGCAGCAGAGCCCCAGCCCAAAGCAGCCAGGCCCAGGAGCUCCUCCAGCAGAACGGCAUGUGUCGGAGCCAGAGCAGCCUGUCUGCAGAUGGCCAGCCAGUAGAGGAGGGUGGUGGGGCCUUCGAGAAGCUCAACCCCUACCCAGCCCCCCCUCCGCCCCACCCCCUCUACCCCGGCCGCAAGGUGAUCGAGUUCUCUUCGGACGACAAGGUGAAGAUCCCCAAGAACAGCCCCCUGCCCAACUGCACCUACGCAACGCGCCAGGCCAUCUCCCUCAGCCUGGUGCAGAACGACGAGGAGAAUGAGCGCCAGCGCACUGUGCCCAACAGCCCCGCCGUGUCGGACGGGGGCUGGCGCUCUGGGGCUUCCUCCUCCUCAGGGGGAGGGGGGCAGCGUGACCCCUGCCGCACGCCUACUCAGCUGGACACAGCAGACCCCAUUUCCAGUCAGUCCAGCCCCUUCAGCAGCCCCCCUCAGCCCCCCAGUGCCUUCGCCAGCUCAGGCAGCUCCGAAGAGGACCUGCUGGCCAACUGGCAGCGCAUGUUUGUGGAAAAGAUGGCACCAUCCUCUGAGGGCACCCUGGUCAACCGCACCUCCUUCAGUAGCGAGACGGUCAAGGACCUGGAGAGGACCCAGACCAGCAAGCCAGGUGGCGGGGGGUCCCACAGGGGGGUGCUACGGGGAGCCUACUCGGAUGGGGAGGAGGGGUCCUCCACUCGCAGCUGGACAGCUAGCCAAGAGUCCAGCCUGGACACUGACACCAGCAGCAUGGCUGACCUCCGCAACAGGAGGGGGCAUUACGGAGCAGACGUCUCAACAGAGGAGAGCGAGCAGCUGCUGUUGGCCCUGGACAACGACCAAGAUGACGCCAGUGGCAACACCGUGUCAACGGCCAUCACUGUGGAGACCAGCCUGGCGGAGGCCAAGAGGAAUGCGUUUGUGGAGGAGACGGGGUCUGUAGGCAGCUCUGCAGAGGAGAGAGACAUCCUGCCACAUGACUUCCCUGUCAUAGUCCCCAGGGUCCUGGCAGGGCUAGAGGACUAUACAGAGAACACCCCUCCCCUCCCCGGCAACUCCUCCGCUUCCACCCCCGGCCGACCCCUGAAGAGCCCAAAGAGGAUGGGAGUCCACCACCUGCACCGCAAAGACAGCCUGACCCGGGCACAGGAGCAUGGUAACCUGCUGGACUGA